AGUGAAAAAGACAUAUUUUUAAUGUUUAAUGUUAAAUUACGUCGCAGUUAUACACUCUUGACUCUUGUGUUAAUUCGUUUAGUACGCAAUCCAUAAUUGUUAUAUUCUGUGGCAAUACUUAGUAUUAAAUUGAUUACCGAUAAGUGUUUGUUCACUUACAUUACUGUGCAAUUGUUUCAUGUUGAUCGAGACUAAAUUCUGUUGUUAAAAAUUAAGAUAAAGACUUUUUAUGUUUUGAUCACGAUUUGAUCGAACUGUUACGUACACACAUUGAUCUAUUGGAUAACGAAUAUAUUAAAUCAAAUUUUCGACGACCAGUAGGGUCCAACAAGCCGAAACAGUUCCCAUGGGUCGAAUAUUUCUCGAUCACGUAGGCGGUGACCGACUGUAUGCGUGUGCUGCAUGCGACACAAACCUUACUAAUCGUGAUGAGUUGAUUAGUACAAGAUUCACAGGUGCAACAGGUCGAGCAUUCCUAUUCAACAAAGUUGUAAACCUCAAUUAUAGUGACGUGCAAGACCGAGUAAUGUUAACUGGUCGUCAUAUAGUGCGAGAUGUAUCCUGUAAAAAUUGUGACACAAAGUUGGGAUGGAUAUAUGAAUUUGCCAUGGAAGAAAAUCAGCGCUAUAAAGAAGGACGGGUUAUAUUGGAAAGGGCAUUGGUUACCGAAGGAGAUGGUCUUGAACAUGAAAUAUAAACACACUUAGAGAUGUGGACUUGUAUAAAUUUGUUUUGUUCUCAUUCAAAUUGUAUUAUAUCAAUCUGUAACAUAGUAUAAUGGGUAUAACUUAAAUAUACUCAAAAAAUAUAUUUAAAUUUUUUUUUCAUUUAAAUAUAAGUGUUUCGAUGUUCCAUACAAAAUACCUGUAUUUAUGUUGUUCAAUAUUUUUACACUAAACAUUAAAAUAUUAUAUUGCAUGAUUAAAAUGAUUUAAAAACCAAAAAAAUAAAUAUAUUUUAUAAUUUAUUGUACCUAUGUAGCCAUUAAGUAUAUUAUUAUCUUUUAGUUUAUUUGUUUUAACUUUAUUUUGUUGAUAAAAUUAUUUUUUCAUGUAAUUUAAUAAAAAAAAUGACUUGUGGUUAAAAAACACAGUCAUGAAACAAA